AUGAAUAUUUCAAGAUUUUGGGAAACAGGUAAAAAGAUUGUUGCUGUAGGUAGAAAUUAUGCACAACACGCUAAAGAAUUAGGUAAUGAAGUACCAUCAGAACCAUUUUUCUUUUUAAAACCAACCUCAAGCUAUUUACUUCAAGGAACUGGUGCUAUUGAAAUCCCAAAUGAAAACUCUGAUAUUCACCACGAGGUCGAAUUAGGCGUUGUUAUUAGCAAAAAAGGAAGAGACAUCGACAUCAACUCUGCAAUGGAUUACGUUGGUGGUUAUACAUUAGCAUUAGAUAUGACUUCAAGAGAUCAACAAGCUAUUGCUAAAUCAAAGGGUUUACCAUGGUCAAUCGCAAAAGGUUAUGAUACUUUUUGUCCAAUUUCAGGAUUCAUCCCAAAAGAUAAAAUUAAAAAUAUUGACGAUCUUGAAUUAUGGUUAAGCAUAGAUGGUCAAAUAAAACAAAAAGGAAAUACCAAUCAAAUGAUUUUCAACGUUCCACAUUUAAUUCAAUAUAUUAGUACUAUUAUGACAUUAGAGGAAGGUGAUUUAAUUCUUACUGGUACACCAUCUGGUGUUGGUCCAGUUAAACCAGGCCAAAAGGUUAAGUGUGGUAUUACCGAUGUUGCCGGAAUGGAAUUUGAUGUCAUUCAAAGAAAGAGAAACUAA